UGCCAUUUUCCAGCCGCGCUCCCACAAGGGUCUAGGCGGCCGUUAGAGGCAGAGCCGCGAAAGCUCGGCUGGGCGGCCCUGCUGGGUAGUCGCGGCCGUGACAGCGGCUCCGGACAGGCUCCCCUUCCGCGCCCCUCCCGCCGUAGAUGAGUGGAAGAUGUCCGUGUCAGGGUUCAAGGCCAAACUGAAGUUUCUGGGUCUAUCUUCCACAAGAACCAGGAGCCGCCAGCCCCCGCUCACGCUCCACUGCAACAUGACUGUGAGGCGCCCGGCGGCCCCCUCGCGGGGCAGGGCGAGGGCAGAGACGGGGCGCCCGGAGUCCCAGGACAAAGGGGAGCCCGCCCCAGAGAGGCCCCGGUUCCCCGCCCCUUUCUCCUGCAACUGGCCUGGCCCCGGCCCGGGACUGCGGGAGGCUUGGGUGGGAGGAAACGGAGGGCGCGUCUCUCCGACUCCUGGCGUGGGGUAGGCUUGGGGGCUGUUGGCCCCUCUAGGCCUCCGUCGCCGCGCCCUGAGGUGGGAGCCCGCGACUGCCGGAGCCUUCUUGGGACCCAUGGUCGCCCUCAGUCGGCCAGCCUGCUCCGGAGACCGCGACAGGACGGUGCAGGGCGGCUCCGGCGUUUUUUGAGCUCAGGCAGGGAAGGGGAAAGACCUUUAAGAUUUUCGGUGUUUUGGCUGGGUGCAGUGGCUCACGCCUGUAAUCCCCCCACUUUGGGAGGCAGAGGCGGGCGGAUCACCUGAGGUCAGGAGUUAGAGACCAGCCUGGCCAACAUGGUGAAACCCCGUCUCCACUAAAAUAUACAAAAAUUAUCCGGGCGUGUUGGCAGGCGACUUAAUCCCCGCUAUUUGGGAGGCAGAGGCAGGAGAAUGGUUUGAACCCGGGAGGCGGAGGUUGCAGUGAAUCGAGAUCGAGCCGUUGCACUCAAACUUGGGGGAUAAGAGGGAGACUUCUCUCAAAAAAAUUUUUUCUUUUUUUUUUUUUUGAGGGAGUCUCACUCUGUCACCCAGGCUGGAGUGCAGUGGCGCGAUCUCGGCUCAUUGCAGCCUAUGUCUGUUGACAGUCCACAGGAUAAAGCGAUUCUGCUGCCUCAGCCUCCCAAGUAGCUGGGAUUACAGGCGCCUGCCACCACGCCUGGCUAACUUGUGUUUUUAGUAGAGACGGGGUUUCACCGUGUUGGCCAGGCUGGUCUCAAACUCCUGACCUCAAAUGACCCACCUCUGCCUCCCAAAGUGCUGGGAUUCCAGGCGUGAGCCACCGUGCCAGGACCCAAGGCCCUUAAGUUUUAAGCCUCAUUCUUCAGUCAGGUUUUCCUUGCUCCCGCGUGUUCAGCCAAUUGGUUUUAAGUUUGUGUUUAAGGAGAAAAUAACAAUGAAAACGGACUCCUUGAUGGAGGAAAGGUUGGAAUGCAGCCUCUGGUGCUGUUUGAGUGAUCCCUCUCCCCCGGGCCUGGCUGCGCACUGCUGUGUUCUGGAAAGGCGCAUUGUAUGGUAGAUGCUGCAGAAGAUCAUUCUGAAAGAUAAUGCCAACUUGGAACCUAGGAAAUCACCCAGUGGGUUUCUGCAGUUUAAAGAAUAUUGGCAGAGAAACAGCUGUAGAGUUACAGCAGGAGCAAAGAGGAACAGGAAAACAAAUGGCAGUAUCCCUGAGACAGCCACUUUUGGUGGUUGCCAGUCACCUGGGGAUUCAGCAACAGGUUUCCACGGGGAGGGCCCUACAUCAUCGGCUACCCUGAAGGAUCUGGAGAGCCCGUGCCAAGAACCAGCAGUAGUCUGGGAUUCAAGGUCCAUAAAAGUCAAUGAACUGAAGAACACCAUCGAAUCUUUGAAACAACAGAAUAAAGAAUUGGAACAUCAACUGGAAGAAGAAAAGAAAGAAAACAAGAAGAGACACCAGGCCGAAUGGGGGCUAAAACUUCAAAUCGCGGUAUUGAACACCGAGAAAAAUGAGCUCCACACGGACCUGUGUCGGACAAAAGGUGUUCUCAGACACUUUGAAGAAGAGUCCAAGGAUCUGGCAGGCCACCUGCAAUGCUCAUCACAGUGUAUUGGGGAGUUGGAGCGGGCUCUCUCUGCUGUCGCCACCAGACAGAAGAAGGAUAUCAGUUUCUCGAGCCGCAGUAGAGAACUUAGCUGGUGGCGGUUAAAGAAAUCCACAGAGGAGAAGGCACGGCUGAAAACACAGCUAACACGGUUGAAGGAGUUGCUGACCCAAGUCCAGUCAGAACGAGAUCAAUAUGCUUGCCAAAUAGAAGGAGAGAGGGCCCGGUGGCAGCAGAGUAUGAGCAAAAUGUCGCAGGAGAUUGACACAUUGAAAAUCUCAAAAAAUCUCUAUACGCAUCGGGUAGAGGAGCUGCAGUCCAAACUCAAAAAUCAGAUGGCUGAACCCUUGCCCCCGGAGCCCCCAGCAGUGCCCUCUGAGGUGGAGCUGCAGCACCUGAGGAAGCAACUCGAGAGAGUGGCAGGAGAGCUCCAGGCCCAGGUCGAAAAGAAUCAGCGCGCAAGUCUCCUGAACUGGGUCCAAGAUCAGAGCCUUCGGAAGCAGGAGGAGAGGCUUCAGGAACAGCAGAAGAAGCUUCAGCAGCUGGCCAAGCCACAGAGCGUCUUCAAGGAGCUGGAGCUCCUGGAAGCUGCCAGCAAGCAGAACCAGCAGCUAACAACCCAGUUUGGCCUCAUGGCUCUCCCUGGAGAAGGAGAUGGAGGAGAACCUCGGCCCAUGCCGAGCGUCCCAGAGGACCUGGAGAGCGGGGAGGCCACGAUCAGCUUUAUGGACCACCUGGAGGAGAAGGCAGACCUGAGUGAGCUGGUGAAGAAACAAGAAAUACGAUGCCAUCAGAAAAUCCAUCACCUUUUAAAAGAGCCAGGGCGCCAUGCCAAAGAUGCGGCACUGGGAGGAGGAGAUCAUGAGGCUGGCCCAGGACAGGAAGGAGAUGAAGGUGAAGCUGCUGGAGCUGCAGCAGAUGGUAUCGGGGCCUGUGGCAACUACAACAAUGGGCACAGAAAAUUCCUGGCCGCUGCCCAGAACCCUGCUGAUGAGCCCGGUCCAGGAGCCCCAGCCCCCCAGGAGCUUGGGGCUGCAGACAAGCAUGGUGAUCUUUGUGAGGUGAGCCUCACCACCUCUGCGCAAGGAGAGGCCAGGGAGGGUCCUCCCUGUGACAACCCUACUGCACAACCGAUCGUGCGGGACCACCAGGAGCACCCAGGCUUGGGCAGCAUUGGCUGUCUUCCAUUCUUUUGCUGGGCUUGGCUGCCGAGAAGAAGGAGAUAAACAUCAUCAUCAUCAAAGAGCUGGCCAAGAAAUUUUUAAUUAAGAAACCAAGUUAUGGGGUUAAUCUCCGACACAAUUCAUUUCGUUCAUUUGAAUGUUAGAGCCACUCAUGAUUAUUUGUGUUUCUAAUUUAUAGUUUAAGUUUAUUUGUAAAAAGUUAAAAGAGAGUGGGUCUCUGUGGCUUUCACUGAUGUUCACUCUGGCAUCCUUUAGUAUUUUUCUUUUUUAAUUUCAUAAUUGUAGGUCAUUAGCAUGCAUAUCGAGUUUGCCCUUAUGUGGUGGGAGUUCAAACACGCAAAGACUCACUCUUUGCAAAAAAUUCUUCUCGUUGGUUUGGAAUAGGCUGCCAUACUUUUGUAAUGUCAUUGCGGCAUGUAUAUUCAUUACAGAAUUCAGAUAAAAUUUGCCUAUGUUCUGCUAGUGUUUGAUCUAAUCUUAAUCACAGUGAGCUCUUCAUUAGCUCCAUAUGUGCUUUGCCCCCAAGUGUGCACUGUUUAUUACUUUGUAAUAUGCCACUAUGAGUACUGACAUUUAGAGUUGUUCAAAGGCCGAGAACUGGAAACAGCCUUUCCUCCAUUUUCUGUGUAUUGGUGAUGGGAGUCAUAACCUUUUGGGGGAGCUUUUUAAAUCUCACAGAAGAGGAAAGUGGCCUGCUCCUGGCAGGUAUGUGCAGGAUAGAGUGUGUUUCAUCUGUCCCGGUGCCAAGAAUUAGCGCUGUAUUAUGGUGAUUCCCUUAGGAUUUGUAUGUGCUCUGGGCUCAUGAAGAUACUGCAUCACGAGCUGCAGCAGUUGUACUCUUUUUCGAUGACCUAAAAAGGGAUGAUUUCUGAGGAAUGAAAGGCUCCCAUCAUUGACUGUGGAUGUGGAAAACCUUUCCUAGCUUAGAGCAUUUGUAUCUAUAAUACGUUUUAAAGUCAGAGUUCAUGUUACCUGUUUUAAUCACAUGACUACAUGCCUCAGUACACAAAAGGGCACUGGUUGGCAUUCUUCUUAAUGUAUUUAGUGAAGAUCAUAAGAAAUCCUUUACGAGUCCAAAUGUCCCUGGAACAGGCAUACAGGCUCUAGCCAAGAAUGAAUUAGAGUGAAGGAAAGCUGUGUGACGCCUGGCAUUCCUCUCUGUCCACGGAGCUUCUUUGAGGCUUGAAGAUUGAUUUUACCAUCUAGACCUCUCUGGCUAAUACCUAUUCGUCAACCACCUUGGUUACUCUGACAUAGGAAUUUACUUCUUUUCCUUGAGUGGAAAACACUUUAAAAAAUAAUAAGAAACAUUAUUAUAAACUAAUACGUGUGAGAGUACUUAGUUGAAACAAAAAGGAAUUUUAGUAGACAGUAUUAUACUAUCUUUGAAAAUCAAGGAGAAAUUUAUGCAACUUAAAAUGUUUACAAACUGCAGUGCAAUCUACUGUUUGUGAAUGUCGAUGUAUUAUUAGGAAACGUGUCUAUACAAUCACACAGUUAUAUUUUCUCACAAACUUCUUUACGAAGAGUGAAAUAUGUUUCUGUACCUCUCGGUUUCAGUUAGGGACAUGUUUUGUGCAAUAUGUGUGUGACUGUGCCUAUGCGUGAUGAAUGAAUGCAUUUCAGUCAUAUAUUGCCUAAAUCAUAACUUGAUGAUGCUUGGGAAAGACUCAACAGUUCAAAGUUCAUGAAGUUCUAAUGUCUGUGUUCCAGAACACAUCACAUUAUUAGGACGUAGGGAGAUAUGUAUGUGUGCUCCCUGGGGUGGGGAUUUCUAGUUACUAGACCAUCUCCAGAUUUAGCAUUUGGCAUCCUCCUGAUACUUCUAUGACAUUAACAGGAGAGCAACAAUAUGAUUUAACCAAUGGAAUAACAGAUUUGCUGGCAUUCACUGAACGAGGGCAAAUAUUCGGUCCUUGUGACUUCAACUGACUCUUCCAAAUUUUAUGAAUGUAUCAAUGUAUUAGAUAAACCCAGUUUCAGAAUGAUAAAGAAAAAAUGUUGGACCAAAUAAUGCGGCUAAUUAACAGUGGUACGAUUUCUAGCCCGUGGGUUUAAAAUGCACUUAAAGUCCUGUUCUUGCCUUUUAUUUUCUGAACUUGCCGCUUUUGCAUUCUUUGAGUUCAGUUUAAAGACAAUUACUUUAAGAGCAUUUUAAACCCUCGGGCUAGGAAUCGGACCACUGUUAAUUAGCCACAUUAUUUGGUCUAACGUUUUUUCUUUUAUCAUUCUGAAACUGGGUUUAUCUAAUACAUUGAUAAAUUAUUUCAAAGGUACUUUUAUCUUUGAAAUCACUUCACUUUUACCAUGAUGAAUAUCAGUGACUAGGAAUGACCUUCAGAUAGCGUUUAGCAUCUGUAACCAAUCUGACAAUAAUGUGUUCAUCAGGUGCCUAUGGAUUAAAUCACACACUGGCAUAUUUAAGCUGAAAGUCAGUCUGGAAAAUAAAUUUACCAUAUUGACUGAAAUAGCACUCUUUGUAUAGGUAUUUGUCAUAUAUUUAAGAAAAAGCUAAAAAGAAUGGAAAUUGUAUGAGAAUAACUUCCGUCUUUCUUCAAACUGCAAGCCGUCUUUUGCGAUACCUCAUUCAGCCGAGUAUUUGUGCUCUUCCUCAUUCAGUGUAAGGCAGCUCUCAGUUUGCUUAGAAGGCAACAUUGGAAGGUUACAGUUCAUCAGAAACAUAAAAUUUUAAAAUGUGAGUUCCACUGAACACAUUUUAAUUUCUGCAUGAAAAUCAAAACACCAAUUUGAAGAUUGCAGUAUGUAAUAAUUACUUUAAAAGUAUUUGAUUAAACCUGAUAGAUUUUCCAGAAAUGAAAAAAUAUCAGCUCUAAAACCAAAGCUGAAUUUUAGAAAAUUUGAAAAUGUAAAUCAGUCCUAUCCAUAAUAUAGUUUCUCUAAAACUUUAUCUUGAAGAGUCAUUUUAAAAUAAUAUAGCUAAUAAAAAAUGUAACUGCUAUCUUAAUGUUCUGAAAUAAGUUAAAACAUUUUAAAAUAUGAAUACUGCAGUACAAAAGAAAGAAACGGUGGGAAGGAAAAGCAGAGAAAGAAAUGCCAAUUCCAGUCCAAAGCUUUAUUUGCCAAGUUUUCUUAGAAUGAAUUUUACUAAUUUAUGAAUUCUUGUAAACAGAAUGUGUAAUGGAAAUACUGAAAGAUUUUUCCCUAGAGUGGCAUUAUUGACUGCUGAUGUGAUGCUACUGUAAUGUAAUAAAUUAUUAAAUUGUUUCAAAGUGUU